UCGAUACGACAGCAAACGAAGAGCUGGAGGGCCGAGCACAAAGCUGCGAGGACGCUCGGAAUAAUAAUGGGCGCGUUCCUCCUUUGCUGGCUGCCAUUUUUCCUUUGGUAUCUAACAACGUCCCUGUGCGGUGAGGCCUGCUACUGUCCAGAGACGGUGGUCUCCGUCCUCUUCUGGAUAGGUUACUUCAACAGCGCCCUGAACCCGCUUAUAUACGCGUACUUCAACCGCGACUUCCGCGAGGCCUUCAAGGACACGCUGAAGAGCGCCCUGCCUUGUUGCGCGAGCUGCUGGAAAACCCCGUCGCAGUUCGUCUAGCGGGGGAAACCCCCGUGAACAGUCGCGUCGAGCAAGCUGUCACUUGCGAUCCACCGGAGAAAUCGGUACCGACUCGUUCGCCGAACGAUUGUCCGACUUGCCAGGCUGGGAUACGCCAAGGGAAUGGACCUCGUUGUCAGUCGAGCAGGGGUCUGUUGGCUGGAUAUCGCUUGACUCCUUCGAGGGUGGUUGAAAGAAUAAGAGGAAGCGACAGGAUGAUAGAGGAUGACAAUGGGGAGUGUUUGAGAAGAAAUUUUUGGCUGAAGCAACUGGAGGAGCUAGCUGUUGA